AUGGGAGAAGAAGGUGAAAAGUACAAGAGAAAGCAGGAAAUGCAAGCAGAAGCCCGAGCAACUGGAGACCAGGGCUACUUGAUGGUUGAGUUUGGCGACUUCCAGGGCCGGUCCAUGAAGGAGGUUUAUGAGGACGGGAGCAAGGAGGCCCAAGCCCUUAUCAAGUAUCUGGUGACAGCACAUGCCAGGCCCAACACCAACAUGGCAAUUUUCAAGGCAUACGUCAUAAAAAGACGGGCAUCAUCUCGUGCUACUGCCCCUCCUGCUGCACCUUCGCUUGCCACUGCAACUCCAUCCUUCAGUGCAACUACACCCACCCGUGCCACUACCCCUUCUGCCACCCAGAUCCGAACCGGCAUCCAGCAGACUGCUGCUGUGAAGGCACUCUUAGGACUUGGCAAAAAUAUCCCUACUUCCCAGCUCGUCAAAAAACUCACAUCACCAGCUAAGCACCAUCCUGUACUGCCUCCUCCAAGAGGAGGAGGAGAACCUCCAGCCAAAAAUUUGGCCCAAAGGCAGCUUUUUACUGCUGACACUUCCAUUCCUCCUGCUAAGGAGGCUGAUGACGAGGAGCUGCUUCUUGCUGCAGCACAAUGUGAAGCACAGCUAAAGGCCUGUCCUGGUCCCUCUCCAUCUGUGGCAGCAGCAAAGUCAGCGCUGGAGCUUCCAGUCCACUGGAAAGAACAACUGCCACGCUUCCAGCACGAGUGGAUUGCAAAGACGCUUUUCAAAGCCAACCCACGAACCGGCAAGGCAGAACUUGUGUCGCAGCUAAAGCUUUGGUGGCAUCCUCCCCAGCCCGCUCUGGUUCACACUCAGCCUCCCGCCUCACCAGACCUCUUCUUCUGCCGGCCCCUGUUCCUGUGGAUGCCACAAAAAAUGUGGUCAUUUCUUUUUGUCUGCGGUCGUCCACAAUGUGGUCAGCACAGACUUACGGCGGCUGGAAUUUACAGGACUGUUCGUAAAGUCCUGGACAUUGAUGGGUGGUAUGACCUCGCCACGGAGUAUCUGGAAUGUAAACGCUGCAAGAGAAAAUACCCAUCCUGGUCAGAGGACAUUUUGGGGCAGAUGGACAUGGGUCAUCGCAGCCAUUUCCCAGCUCUGCUGACAUACAGGUACUCAUGUGACAAGCGGGUGCUGAGAAUGAUGAGGGAGAGGACACUGGGCAACAGCGUGACACAACUUUAUAAAAAGUUACUGGAACAGCACAGUGAGGCAUGGACACAGCGCGUCCUACAGUACCUCACAGCGUGUGAACCGUUCACAAGGGCCUCUCUUCAGCGACCAGUGUUUGCUGAGCCCCCCCCCAUGCCGGCCUUGCCUAAGCCUAAGUGGCUGUUAGCUGUUUAUGCAAGGGAUGUUCUGGGGCGGAUCAACGAAGUGAAGGCCAAAAUCACAUCUGUGUUUGGAUGUGUUUUGAAGAUGGACUCCACAAAAAAGGUCACAAAGAAGCUUGCGGGGGCUGCUUCAGGAACAGCUGCCUGGUGCACAAAUGUCGGCAAUGAACAUGGCCAGGUUCUGGUCUCUGUUCUGACAGCCGCUGAAGGACAUGGACUGGACGCCAUGGCGGCUGGCCUGAUGAGGCGCUACAGGGAGGCAGGAGAGGCACCCCCAAAAGUGAUGUACGUGGACAGAGACUGCUGCAGCAGACACGGCCGGUCUCUGGUGAAGACCCUGUUUUCAGAGUGGGAUGAGCUUGAGGUGCGCCUGGACAUCUGGCAUUUCAUGCGGCGAUUCGCUGCAGGUGUCACGACAGAGGCUCAUCCGCUCUACGGGAUCUUCAUGGCACGUCUGUCUGCGUGCAUUUUUGAGUGGGAUCCAGAAGAUGUGGCUGCUCUUCGCUGCGCCAAGGAGGCUGAGCUGGCAGCAAAGAAAAGUGGCCAUGUUUCCAGAAGGACGGUCAGUGCUCAGAUUAGUCGCAGGGAGUUGGCACUCCACUGUCGGAGGAGGACCAGGGGAGUGGAGGAGACUGCAGCAUUAUUAGGAGCACUCAUCCAUCAGUUCGACAGUGCAGAUGGGAAGGACACCCUUGGAGUUCCACUGUUGGACCACGAACGCAUCCAACAGAUUUGGAAGGAACAGCAAAACCACCUGCUGUGCAUCCAAGACCCCGAGAACUUCCCACUCUACAUGAAGACGGGCACACUAAAGAAAGGCGGCGUGGAGCUGUCUUGCUACAGGUGUGCCCGUGGGUCGACCUCCUUGGAGUCCUUCCACCUCCACCUGAACCGUUUUAUACCAGGAACCAGUGCCAGUGACGCGCAUUUCCAGGCAUAUCUCCUUGAGGGCUUGAUGCGCUGGAAUGAUGACCGGAUGGAGGAUGCUGUCAAAGGAAAUUCCUCCUUCCGGUUAUUCGAAACUUCAAUGAGAGAGGCUGUGGACCAACUCAGCCAAGCAGUGCUAGGGAAGCCCUGGGAUGAGCGUUAUCGCCCUCCUGGAGCAUAUACGGGUAAGAAAUAUAUACAUUUGUUAUUUUGCGAUUUAUCUAUUUAUCCUAAUGUCACGACAGCGUUUAUAGCUUUUCUUUUUAUUGUUGUAGGUGAAUUGCUGGGAAUAGAAUACCUGUACAGCCAGACUGGCAAAACAUUUACUGCCAUGCUUCAGACCCCUGAAGAGGAGGACAGGCUGCUGGAGGGAAUCGAUGACCAGGACUUCCAAGACGAGGGGUUUGGGGAAGACAACAUGGAGGACAUCACUGUUCCAGUGUUGGAUGACCCCCCUCUUGAUGUCGUUGCCAGCCCCUUAUCUUCACCUCAGCCUCAACUCUCAGUAUCACCAGGUGGACCUGAAUCUUCUGCUCAUCGUCUUUCCUCUGUGGUGGUGUCACAGCCAACUGAGAGUGAAAGCAGCCCUUCAGACGAGGCAGAGUCUGCUGUUGUAGGACCCGACGGCAUAGCUGGGUGGGACAAAGUCCAGGAUCUGGCCUCUUACUUAGUGGGACUCCGUGAGGCUCCUUACCUCACUGACCCACAAGUUACAGAGGCCAUUCGACUAUGGACAGCUCUCCUGGACGUGGACAAAAAGCGGGUCAACUACCAGCCUCGACACCAGCCUCAGCUUUCACACGGCCGCUUUAAGGCACCUAAACGCUCCGGGGUGACACCAGGAGUGGAAAGCGUGAAAAGGUGUCUCAUUGGACAUCCUGGGGGUCCAGCUCAGUGGCCAAGCACCAGCCGCUUGGUUGAGGCUAUUUGCAUUAAGCUUAGCCGUUUGCACAAGACGCCCACCAAGAAGGCUGGAGUUAGCACCCCAAGGUGGUCCAAAAUCCUCACGGAUUACCACCAUAUCCGGGAUUUAGUGCUGAGCAGUCGCAGGCUGAUGGAGGAAACAAUGAUCCAGCUGUUUGAGCUCAAUCAGAGGACACUCAUUCAGUGGUUUCAGCGGCGGGAGAAAAACCAAGAAAGGAGUGUCCUCGCCCAGGGAUUGACACCCCCCGAGCCAGUUGCUGUAGCUGCAAGCGACCUUCCUGCUCCAAGGCAAAAAAUGGAUGAGGCACCAUCCACAUCUGGGCCCAAAUUCAAAUUCAUUCUUCCUCUAAAUAGAGCAGGACAGGCUCCUAUUCUGAGACCAGGUCGCAGGCCUGCUGCUGCUACUGCUACUGCUACUGCUUCUUCCUCUUCCUCUGCUGCUACUGACAGUAUGAUGUGCCCCAUCACACCUGCCACCAGUGUAACUGCUUUUAUUCCACCUGUGUCAGCACCUGGAUUAUUGUUGGGGACCAUAAUUCCUUUCCCAGUUAUGGCUGUGCCCACUGCUUAUCGAUUUCCUGGAGCAACAACAAGCAGUGCAGGCUUCGUUCCACCUGCGACUGCCCCAGCUGUCCCUACUGUCCCUGUGUCACGCUCCACACAGAAGAACAGGCAAAGACGGGCCUUGGAGGAAGAAAGCGGCAUCCACAAAAGAAAAUACAUACGAGGAGUGAACUAUAAUACGUGUAGCAAAUGUGGACAGCCCAAAACAAAAGAAUACGGGCAUAGUCGCUACAAAAAUGCCACAUUUUGCUCGCGGGCGUCAAAUGGACGAUCAUUGGAUGACUGGUUGGCAGAACAGCGCCAACAGCACAAAGGCAGAUCACCACCUCCUCCUCCUCCUCCUCCUCCUCUUUCAUAG